AUGUCAGCACCGUCCAGCCAUGGCCGGCCCUCGGGAGACUCGGACCGCUGGACAACCUCCUCCCACACGUACAUUGCCAGCAACUCGGGCGCAUACACAGACAAUGGCGAGGGGAGCUCGUCCCCGCGGCGAAGCCAAGAUUCGCGGCCCGGCACAGGUGCAACCAACGGCCUGGGAGGAAGCGCAGCAUCGGGGAACCUGCUGGCUAGGGACUCGGUGCACGAAGAAGACUUUGCGCGCCGGAAGCAGCGCGUGAGGAGAUCUGGCGGCUUUCUCCUCGAUUCAAACUUCUCCAGCGGGCCACGGCAACGCCACGCCAACCACGAGGCUCGCGGGGAGGACAAAGGAGGCAAGCGCAGCUCGCGACACUAUGGCGCCCACGAGAAGGAGGCAGGAAGCUCGCCGCUGUCGCGAGAGGUGCAGCGAGACGGCCCCAAUCCUGCUGCGCCCGGCGCAGCAUCCCGCAUCGACUUUGCCGAUUCACAGGACCGACACGACGAGCGCAUGCGCCUUGGCAAGACGAGGAGGAGUGCAUACGAUAUGCCGUCCACAGUCCAUGACCGCGAUCCUUCGCCCAACACUGCGCCGCCACGGCAGGCCAUUGAUCCGAACCAGCUGGUACACAUGGCCCUGAACCUGAGCGAGAGCCGGAGGAGACAUACCAACACCGGCCAGCUUCUGUCGUCCCAGCCACGCGUCGCCUCUGGUUCGCAACGCGAAGGCAGCUUCUCCAACUAUGGCGCUGGCGGCAGUCUGAAGCACUAUCUCAACGAGCAACGGCGGACGUCACGCAAUAUAUCCCCAAUGGGCAAGAGCUCUCCUACCCGCCACAUGUCUACCUCGAUGCAGAGAAGCGGAUCCAUUGCCUUUCCCGUGUCCCAAAACAUCAAUCCCUCAGCUGCCACGCUUGCACGAGUAGAAAAGGCCCGCGCAUACAUCGAGCUCCGCAUUGAGUACCUCCGACUACUGGAGUUCCUCCCGCCCCUGAAGCCCGACGCGAACGCCCCAGGCAACUUUGUCUUCACGUCGACCAACAGUCCAGGCAGUCCCCAAGCGCAGCUCACUCGUGUGCCGUCUCAUGCUGGCAAACAGCAUGAGCUCGGCCGGCCAUACAACCCUCUGCAAUACAUUCGAAACCGCCGGAGCAGGGCUCGGGAGCGCUUGACGCUCCAUCACUCUUCAGAGGAAUUCGAGGAUGUCGAGCAGGUACGCGAAUGGGUAGAUCGUGUGGAACAACAGGCCAAACGAGCCGGCUAUCGUCGAGACGAUGCGGUACAGCUACCCAAAAUCCAUCACGAUCACGAAGUGGGACCGGCGCCCCAGAAGCCUGCAAGACCUCACAAAGGCUGGAUCUUCAGCCCACAGGAGUUGCUUGCGGAUGCACACUGGUUGGAGCAAGACGACAACAAAAUGCUGGUAGAAAACCGCUAUGGCCGAAGGGUCUACCCACCCAAGGAGGUGCAGCAGAAAGACUUUCUCUCACCACGCGCAAGCAAAGAAUAUUCUGGGGACCGAAGAAAGAGCUGGGUCGAUGGCUUCCCCAGCAUCGCAGUUGAUCAUACGACAGGCGAUGAAAGCGACAAGGGCAGCGAGCGUGGGCGCAAGCGAAGGCUACUUCCAGCGCUGCGCACUGACAGUCCGAGAGGAGGCAAACAUUCGAGGCGGGGCUCGCGACUGCGCAGCCAUGAUGAUAGCGACAGUUCAGAGUCGGAAUCCGAUACCAGGAGAUGGAAAGCUCGUAUUGUCACUGAUCCAGAUCACAACAUCGGUCCGCUGGCCUUGCUUCUAGAGCAACAAGCUAGACAGUCACUGAGCGAAGCCAGGCCACCCCCUGACUUCACGCCAGAUACACCAAACAAGUGGGGUCGCAACGGAGACGUUCCCUCCGAAAGCAAGCCUCCCCGAGACUCGCUGGAAGUUCCCCGACCUACAAAUGGCUUUGCAUUUAUCAAGGAUCGUGGCAACUUCAAGAUGCCGCCAAAGCCUCGUAAGAACCCUAGUCUAUCCAUCGAUGAUCCGGAGCCUCGAUCGUCUUUUGAUGAUCAGGACAGCACGGCACCAAACACUCCACAUGCCAAACGGUUCCCGCAUAUUGGCAGCGACUUAUCACCGCCCCCAAGCCGAUCCGAGUCACAGACAAGGAAAGCAAAACGAGGCAAGUUCAACACUAUCUUUCAUUCGCAUGAGCAUAGUGAAGACCACAAGCACGAAUUGCGUCCGGACUCUGCUGGAACAGACAGGAAAGGAAGAUCGCGGCAGACCAGUGAGGAAACGCCAGACGACAAACAUAUCGGCACAGCCAUUUUAGCAGCUCCCGGUGCUGUCAUGAAUCUACUCGGUCAUCGCAAGAACGAUAGUGUCAGUAGCUUGCCUAGUCCGGACAAGCUCCGCCGCCGAGAUGCCCAAGAGCCGCAUUCUGCUGUCACUCGAUUCUUCAAGGGCGUGAAGAACGAGGGUACAAAAGUCGGUGACAUCAUCUUCAGAAGAGACCGAGCCGAUGACUCUGACGCGGACACCAUGUCUGACCGUAACUCGAUCGACUUUGAUGACGACGGUCCGGUCAAAACCAAACAUACCAAACGGCCCCCGAUCAGUCGAACCGUCACGGCAGGUACAGACGGUAGCAUCACAAACAAAGAACGUAGCCAUCUGGAACUGCCCUCGUUCCGGCCGGUCCACACGAUUGCCGACGAAAACUCGGAUUAUGAGCAUCACAUCUCACGUCAGGCACGAGAGCAAAAGAACAGUCGCUCGCUUCGGGUCGAUCGGCUAUUGCCACCACGCAUGGAUCUGGGCACGAUAUCUGGAAAUUCUUCCACGGGGUCUCUCACUCUUACGCGCAGCCACAGCCAGGAGCGAAUUAAUCAAGUGCUCGCUCGGCCUGGUGGUGACAUGGCGGGGCUGCCACCCACUGGACUAAGAGAUGCAAAUAGGCAGCGCAGUAGCUCUCGACCUGGCCUUAACAGUAGACAUUGGAGCAUCGCUGACGGUGACGAUAAUGCCGUUGAUCGGAACAAGAGCGAUGCGAACACAGUCACUCAGGCAGACAUCGCUCGCGUCCGCGCACUCUUUCUCUGCUCAGGUGUCAAAGCGAGAGAGAUUACACGACGAGCGAAUUCUACAAGAGAACCGCCUCCCGACUUUCUUUCGCGCGCUGCCGCUACAUCAAAAAUGAAAAUCUACCCCGUGCCGCGCAAGGAAGAACAUGUUCUUGCCGCGCGCAUACUAGUCAAGGACCUAGAGUCGUCGACCAAGGCUUUACAGACUUCGCUUGAGAGCUUCCGUGACAAAGCCAUCCAGCAACUCACAAAUCAGAUUUCGGCUUUGCAAUCUACGGUUGACUCAGACCUUAUGCCGCGUAUCCUAGAAAGCGGAGACAAAGCUGUGCGCAUCACAAGUGAGGUAUCUGGACAAGGUCCAUUACAAGUUAAGCAAAUCACAGACGAGAUAGACCGCAUGAUUCGCACGCGCAAACGUAGAAUGCGCUGGGUUCGGGGAUUUGGAUGGAUGCUGGUCGAGUGGGCUCUUGUUGCACUCAUGUGGUGUCUGUGGCUUAUUGUUGUGCUCGUCGGGUCCGUCAAGAGAGUGUUUGGUGUGGCCAUGGGAGUGAUCCGGUGGCUGCUGUGGCUCUAG